AUGAGCUCUGACACAGAAACAGGCAUGGUUGAUUGCGGUGUUGGGACCAUCGUUUGGGUUCGGAGGCGGAAUGGGUCGUGGUGGCCGGGUAAGAUCCUGGGCCCCGAUGAGCUCUCUGCUUCUCCUCUCAUGUCUCCCCGAUCUGGAACUCCUGUCAAACUUCUUGGGAGGGAAGAUGCCAAUGUUUGUGACGCUUCAAAUGCUGCAAACCAGUGCGCAACCAUGACUCUGACACAAAAUAGAACGCGGUGA